AUGGUGGACUCCCUGCUCCGCCAAGUGGCAGAGCAUUUGGGGCGUUCUGGCCCGUGGCAUCAACGCUUCAUUGGCCUGCAGGAGGUGUUCACGAAAACAAACCUGGAGCUACAAGGGAUCCACGACGACAUCACCCUCUACGAGCUCGCCACGAGCUACAGGUUUCACUUUUUGCUAUACUUCCUUGCAGACGUCCUCGAGCAGCUCAAUGAGCUGAACAGGGCAUUCCAGCAGCGUGAGCUGGACAUUGCAAGUGUCCACGGGCAGAUCCGCCGGUCGAUUUCAUUCCUAGAGUCCCGCUACGUCGACUGUGGUGACGACUUUGGAGGCGGGGUGAGCGCGCGCCUCUCCCCGUUCAUCAAGAAGCACGGGCCUGAGGGGGGCAAUCCCGAGGUGAAGGUGCAGGGAGUCGACUCGGACGGGCGGCCCACGACACACACCUUCGAGCUGCACGAGAAGCCGAGCGAAGACUACCCGACCCUCGGCUCCCACGACGCCUGCGUCGAUCUCUGCACCACCUUCGCCGAGACGCUCGUGCAAAACCUCAGCACACGGUUCCAGGACCUGGACUCCCUGGUGGGAGUGCGGCUGUUCAUGCCUGACGAGUGGGAGCUGGGGAGAGCAGAGCGCCACAGGCAGUGUCUCGAGUGGCUCGAGUCUCUCGUGAGGCUGUUCAGGGCACAGGACACGGACUACAUCAUUCCAGGUAUUCCCGCUCUCGCACUGUUGCUGUCCGUCUUAUUGUGUCAUUGCAUUUCAUCAACGUAUGGUAUCUGGCGCAGCUACAAGAAGCGCCGCCCAUUCGGCAAUGUGGCGGCACCACCCGAAAGAGAGGGAGAGGGCAGGGAUAGCACGGGAAAGGAGGCCCUAGAGGAGGAAGAGUGGGCAGAACGACAGGCUAAGGGAAGAGAAGAUGAUGAUGACAAGCAGGCCUCAUCAGAUGAUGAUUACUGA